AUGUCGUACCUCUCCCGGCGAGAAGUGGAGGACUUGAAACCCUCUAUAGACAAAGCCGUUUACAAACUGCUCGGCAGCAGUGAUAGCUCCCUGGUCAGUACCGCAGUCCAUUGUUUAAAUUCAGGGUACGAUAGGCGCAAAACUACUGACAAACUUUCGUCUUAUGUUGAUAGCAAAAAGGCGACAAGACUAGCCGAAAAGAUAUUUGAUUUAGUCGAAGACUAUCAUGCCUCGCAUCGGUCGAAAAAACGAUCGCGUGACGAUUCCCGAGAACGAGACUCAAAGCGCUCGAAAUCGCGCUACGACGAUAGAGACAGUAGACAUGACUCCGACCGCAACAAAUCCAAAUCGAGCGAGAUCAUGGAAAGCGCCCAGAAACAAAUCGAGGAGCGGAAGCGGGCCCUAAUUGAUGGGCUCGCCUUGGGCAAGAACAACAUCAACAUGAACAUACCCCAGCCCAGCAUUUACGGCAUCCCCAUGGGGCUCCUCAACAGGGGCGACGCCGACAAGGCCCGCAAAAUCGCGCAACUGCAAGCCCAGAUCAAGAGCAAGCUCUCCAGCGGGAUUUUGACCAACGCCAUACAAAUACCAGUGGUGCCCAACAGGCCCACCCCCCUGAUCCUGGACGACGAAGGGAGGACCAUCGACAAGACGGGAAAAGCGGUGCAACUGACCCACGUUGUCCCAACACUUAAGGCCAACAUCAGGGCCCAAAAGCGCGAACAGUUCAGGACGCAGUUGAGCGAUAAAACGGACGACAGUAACGAAAUGAAAUUUUACGAUGGGAGAAUUGGGAUAAAGCCGCCGAUUCGGAACAAAAGACAGCUUAGGUUCCACGAACCCGGCAAAUUUUUACAACAGGCCGAGCGGCUUCGUAUGAAAGCCCAGUUGGAAAAACUGCAAAAUGAAAUUUCACAAAUUGCGAAAAAGACCGGCAUUUCGUCGGCUACUAAGCUUGCGCUUAUUGCAAAGUCUGAGGGGGUGAUUGAGGACAUACCGCAGAUGGAGUGGUGGGAUUCCGUUAUUUUGAUCGAUAAUUUAGAUUUGAUGCUCAAUGGGAAAAUCGCAAUAAAGGAAUCUGUAAUUACCACGUUGGUUGAGCAUCCAACCCAGCUGAGGUGUCCAACGGACCCCAUCAAGCCUGUGUACAUGCCAGUAUUCCUGACGAAAAAAGAGCGCAAAAAGCUGCGCCGUCAAAACCGCCGCGAAAUGUGGAAAGAAGAGCAAGAAAAAAUCCGUCUGGGCUUAGAACCGCCACCAGAACCCAAACUACGUAUUUCAAACCUGAUGCGAGCUUUAGGCACCGAAGCUGUCCAAGAUCCCACAAAAAUCGAAGCUCACGUCAGAGAACAAAUGGCCAGAAGACAAAAAGCACACGAAGACGCCAACGCUGCGCGAAAACUAACCAGCGAGCAAAAACGUGACAAAAAAAUCAAGAAAAUCAAAGAGGACACUUCGUUAGGCGUCUUUGUUGCCAUUUACAGAAUCAGAGAUCUCCACGAACUGCCGUCAAAGAAAUUCAAAGUUGAGACCAACGCGAAACAGUUGUUUAUGACCGGUUGCGUGGUUUUGUACCCCGAUUGUUGCGUGGUGGUGGUGGAGGGCGGCCCUAAACAGCAGAAGAAAUACAAAAGGCUGAUGCUGCAUAGAAUCAAGUGGGAGGAGGAUAUUGUGAAGGAUCCAGACGGGAACGAAGUCCCUAAUAAAUGUGUCUUGGUUUGGGAAGGCACCAGCAAGCAGCGAAACUUCGGAGAAGUGAAAUUUAAGGUUUGUCCGACGGAACGGUUAGCUCGAGAGCACUUCAAGAAGCACAAAGUCGAGCACUAUUGGGAUCUGGCCUACAGUGGCGCAGUUUUAGAGCAAGCCUGCGAUGUAGUUUCAUAGGAAAUAACAAGGUACAGGUAUUUAUGAACCAAUCACUCGCUGUAUAUACUGAGUAAUGAUCAUUUAUUGAAAUAAAGUGGUUGCCCAUGUA